AGAAAGCAUUCAUUCGAGUUGAAAGUAAACAUAAUCCAUCUUUGUUCGAGCCUCUAAGGAAAGUUAUCGACAUAAUCAUGUUGGUCAAAACGAAGGCAAUGUCCUUGUCGUCUUUUUCUCUAUUGCUUUUGGCUUUAUAUGCUACUGUUCUUCCUAUCGCCGCUGAUUCUGAUGCCCGUAGACUCGAUCAWUUGGAACGGCGUAUCAAGUCUCUUGAAAAGCUAGUUGAUACCCAAAAUGUGGCUAUAGAGGGCCUGUUGCGGCGCGGCCUCGAAACAAGCGAUGACGGAUGCCUUCCAAAACGAAACGAACAGAAUGUAUGUGUCUUCGAAAAGGGUGUCGAGUUCUCGUACCGGAAUUCAGAUCUUGUCUUUGAAAGCUCUACAGUUAGAUUUACAGGGCCGAUUCAAGAUCUCAACGCUAUAGGCAAAACUGGAAUGACAAACCAGACAACCUAUGCUUUUUCCUCGCAGGUCAUCUUCGAUUCAACCGAUGUCCGCGUCGAAAAUUCCAAUGUUACUUUUACAGCCGAGCACGAUUAUAAGGCAUUCCAAAAAAAUGAGACUCAACUUCGYCAGCACUAUGGAUUCAUUGUCAUGAACAACACCGAAAUGGCAUUGAAUAGUUCUCGACUCGUCGUCACAGGACCCGAUCCUAGAUCGGUGAAUCAGUCGUUGUACGACGAUCUGAGCUAUAGCAAUUUGUUUUCUUCCAUUGGAUUCUCAUACAGYAAUAUCACAGUCACAGACUCAAACGUGGCCUUCACSAAAAACACACCUUCUGAAAYAGCUGACUCCACGAUCGUCUUUAAUCAUUCCAAGAUUCUKUAUAACCAUUCUGAGGUGAAAAUGCAUGCUUCCAAAACUAGUGCCUCUGAUUCUUCAAUCUCCUACGGAAAAGAUACAUAUGUCCAAUGGUUCGGAAGCUCCUCAGCGGCCUACUUUACCGAUGGCGCUGAAUUGUCGGUAGAAGAUUCAAAYGUUCGGUUAGACCAAACAACUUUGGAAUUGACAGGAAACAAUGGAAAACUUGUAUCUCGGGUAGAUACCGAUAUCCGCGGACCAGAUAGCGGAGAUCCCAUUUACUUUACUGUCUCUCGGAAAGUGGACGUGAGUUAUGAACAGUAUCCAACAAUGAGAAUCCAGUCUGACGUGAAAGUUUCUGACGACAGUGACGUCACCUUUGAUAGUUCUAGCACGCUAAAGAUUAACGGAAAACUCGAAUCKAACGACGACACAAGAUUCCGUGGUCAAAUUUCGCUAGACGAUGUACUCGUUAACGUCGAACGUGACCUGAUSAUCGACGGGAGAAAUGGAUAUGAGAAUGCCAAUAUUGACUUCCGSAACGGAGUAGAUAUCCGAAUAUAUAACGAUUUGGUUGUGGAAAAGGAUCUGGAGGUUUUGGGACACGCGAACUUGGAUAGCUUGGAUGUCUUGGACGAGGCAACUGUUGGCGGGCGCCUCCGUUGCUAUAAAGGAGCAACUAUUUCGGGAGACAGCAACGCAAGCAGCGACAGUAUUACUUCUUCUUUUUCUUCGCAAUURUUAAAGGUGGAAGGUAGUGCUUUGAUCCAAAGGGAUUUGGAAGUAGACGGAACRCUGACUGCAGAAUCACAAGACUUCGUUGGUGACGUAGUSAUUUCGGGCAAUGCUAGAGUAAACAGUUUAACGGUGGACUCAACCGCAACAGUAAGUGGGACCACCACUGUUGGAACCAUCAAAGCCACUAGCUCCGGAUACAUUAAUGGGCAACUUACGGCGGGAACAAUCAAAGCGGAAAAUGACAUCUUCUUCSAAAAUCUAGAUAUAUCUGGCAAGGCGACUGUGAAUACUCUCGAUGUAUCUGGAGAUGCUUCCGUCGGAGGAAAACUUUCCGCAGUGAAGUCGACUUCGUAUUUUCAAGAAAUAGCUGUUACAAAAAACGCUGUUGUUGGUGGGUUCAUCGAAUCUACUAACUCCACCGUAAGGAAAUUCUCUGUGGUGUCUGGGAAUGCCACAGUAGUUGGUAAUCUAGAGGUUGGAGGWACUUUCAAACCCCAAAAUUCCCAGUUCGAGAACAUCGUAGUUACCGGUGUCGCUGAUGUAGGAUCUUUGAAAACGUCUGGAUCUGCCUCCAUCGGAGGAACAGCAACAGURCAGUCGUUGACCGUGRAUUCAAAUGUUGACGUUGGCGGCAAUUUGAAUMUCGGUGGCACUCUUUCGGACGUGGCAUUUUACAAUCUUAGCAUACUUGGAACCGCAUCGAUUGGUACUCUCUCGGUAUCAUCCUCCGCUUCAAUUGGUGGUACUACUACCCUCGAAACGCUGAGCGUUGGUGCUGACGYCGAUGUGAUUGGCACUUUGAGUGUCAGUGGAAAGUUUGCACCAGAAGAUACUGARUUCAACGACAUAUCCGUGCUUGGAACUGCCACGGUUACUUCCCUUUCAGCGGAAUCCGCUUUGAUCAGCAACGCUGCUACAAUCCAGACUUUGACGGUUGGCGCUGAUGCCGAUGUUGCAGGUAGCUUAAGCGUUGGGGGURCGUUCACACCAUCCGAAUCAGAGUUCCAAGAUAUUACUAUUUCCGGAACUGCCACUGUUGGUACCUUGUCGGCAACUUCGGCCUCGAUUAGCGACAGUGCUUCAAUAAACAGGUUGACCGUCGGAUCCGAUGCCGAUAUUUCGGGAGCGCUWUCGAUCGGUGGAAUUUUUGCCUCRAACACAAUUGAAUGCACAGACAUUACUGCUACUGGUUUUGCCAGUAUUAACUCGCUUCAGGUAAACAAUGCUUCUAUCGAAGAUGCUACCGCGGCGAACCUCAACGUUGGAUUGAAUGCUGAAAUCUCGGGCGAUCUAACCGUCKUAGGGACAAUUAUCAAUUCAGCUUAGAUUUAUUUGUYAUYAAAAAAGCAUACUUGAGCUU